CUUUAUUCUUUUAUCUAAAAACGAAUCCAAUGACUGAAUCCUCAAAUGUCAUCUUUCUAAUUGACAUUCAAAGCUUUAUAAAAGACAAUUUCACCAUGGAUCAACUCAAGAUGGCUAUGGAAAGAAUAAUCUUCUACUACAACAUUCAACUGAUAUCUUCGUCACUGUUUUGGAGCUUUGCCUUUUUUAGCUCAUUGACCACGUUAACUGACUGUAUGAAUAUCCAACUUCAUAGCUUUAAUAAGCUCCCUGAGUUAAAAAAUUAUCUAGCUGAAGAAUACAAACGAUACCCUGGCUAUACCGGUGGAGCUAGUGAAUCACUCACACCAUAUGAGCGCAUGAAAGAAGCCAUCAGGUCAGUGCUUCAAAGCCUAGCAUGGGAUAAUACAGCAAGCUCCCAAAACAGACAAUCAAAAAACUACAUAUUCGCCAUCAUGUCACUACCUAAUACCCUGUCUAGUCUGAACUCUUUCUCUUUAUUCCAGCAGCCUGAGCAACCUAGCCUGAUGGGUUCACUACAUGGUGCAGCAGAUAUAUUUCUGUCUAUAAAGAAAGAUUUCAUUGAUGAAUUUUCUGCAAAUUUCGAAGCGAAUAGAAUAUCAUUUAGCAUAAUUGACGCAGAUGUAAAGUUUGACAGACACAAGCUGAAGCAAAAAAUGUUUGAUAAUCUACUUGGUCGUGGUUUUCAACUUUGUUUGCAAAAGUUUGGUGGAAGAUAUGUUCUAUUCAAUUCACUGAUUCAAGAUUACGAUAAAUUCAGCUCUCAUUAUCAUCAAGAACUUGAGGCACUAUUAAGUCCAAUGAAUUUUCAGUUAUUGACAACAGAACAACAACAAGAACAAUCACCAGAAGAUAAGCAAGAUGAUGAGCCAGAUAUACCGUUUCUUCUGGAGAUGAGCUCUGUCUUCCAUGACCAUUGUUUUAAUCUGUGGAGAGGACCAGUACGAACUGUGAAGAAUCGAUAUAUUGGGCAUUUUUUUCUUUACCUAUUCAACGCGACACAUGAUAUCCAAAGCCUUCGCGACCUAACACCAUAUUCACAUGUACGAAUGCAUCCAGCUAUCUCGCGAUCCCAGUUCAAGGUGUCUUGGUUAACACAUUCAAAAGAUGACGAAUUGAACAGUGACCUCUUAUUGGUACCCGAUACAGACAAUGGCCAUCUUGAUUGCUUUACAGAGAUACUCCAAAUCAUUCACUCAACUGGCAAAAUCGGAAUAGCUGAACUGGUCCCAGUCGACAAUGCGUAUACCAGUUCAGUCAUUGCAGCGAUUAUACCAUAUACUAGGAACACUGCUGUCAUGCGCUUUCUAAAUAUCUCAACCGUUCCUGCUCCAAAGCCAAUCCUCGCUGUACCCUCUGAACCUAUAACCUGUUUCAUGCCGUCUAUAUCCUCUGUUUCAGGCGAGCAAAUACCAAACAUUAGCAAGUCAUCAAUCAAGAAGAAGUUGCCGCUCAAGCUUGAGCCCAGUGAAAGACUAAAACACUUGAUGAUGAUACAUACCCAAAAAGAAGAAGAAACUAAAUGCAGUGCUGAUCCCGGUCAUAUGAAACAAAAACCUGAUGACCAAAAAGGAGAAGAAGAACUAACUAUCAGCCUGCCAAAGACGAUACCAGAAUUUAAAAGAAUGCUCUAUGACCUAUACUUGGAAACAUUAUUUGAGAGGACGAAAGUGUUUGAGCUCUUUAUUCGCAUAAUUCAUGAACUUAUUGAGAACAUCAUAAAAGUAAGAGGAUUUACUCAUGAAGAAAUAAUUGAAGCAAUGAAAACUGUGGCAAGAGAUUCAGACCAUAUCGAAACAAGGCAUGCUGUUGACAUCAUGAACGGUAAACAGCUAGAAUACUCCUCUUCAUUAUCAAAAGAACAAAGAUAUCUUUACGAAUGGUGGGAACGGGUCAGAGAAAUAAGUGAAGAACCAAGAUUUGAUGAAAAGAUGCUGCGAUUAUUACGUCUUACAGAUUUUCGACUUCAAACAAUUAUUUACUGCUUUAUGGCAAAGUUGGCGAUGACAAGUCCAUUAUCAGAUAGUGAAAAGAACAAACGCCUGCAGAGAGAAUUAACAGAGCACGCUCGCUCUCAUUUCGCCAUUACUUUUAGUGAAACGUCUCUUCUUGAUGUAGUAUCAAAAGUUGAUGAUGUUAUUGAUGAAGUGGAUCAGUAUGAGCUCAACUUUUUUUUUAUGCUAGAGAGAUGGUUUAAGGACGACCUAACUGAUCUCAUGAAGCAUCUGCGUGAAGAAUAUCAUGAUGAAUGGAUGGAAAUGUAUGUGGAUAGUGUUGCAAAAUUUGUUAACCUUGGAGUAGAGACAAAAAAUGAGGCAGAAAAGAAACCAAAGAAGGAACCAAAGAAGAGAUCUCUUGCAGAAAUGCUGCAAAAAGAAAAAGAAGAGAAAGAAGCAAAGAGGAAAAAACCAAACACCUUUGAAGACAUGCUAAAGAAAUCCAUUGAAUACUCUGCAGAAAAUACAAGAGAUCGUAUAGGUGAAUCGACGAGGAUGGCAAUUGAAAGAGUGAAUAGAUCCAUGGUCAAUGGAAAGCCUACAAUCAAACGCGCCGGAGGCUUCUUAGUGAGCGCACUCAGUCCAAGGAGGCCCACAACCAUGCCCAGAGAAAGACAGCCAAUAGUAGAUCCAAACUUGACGCCGAGAACUUCUCUAAGCAGAUUCUUGGGAGUGGAUAUUUAUGAGCAAUAUGCAGAAUAUUGUGAGGUAAAAAAAAGGCCUAAUCGUCUUGAAAUAUCAGGUCUGCUAAUUUUAUUCUUCUUUUUUCUUGAUAGUCGCCAUAAUAAAUAUAUAAACUAUACAUUUUCUUUGUAAAUAUAAACCAACAAACCAUUAUGACACAUUGCUAUUAUACAAUAAAACCUC